AUGCCCUCCAAUAGCAUAAACAAUGGUAGUAAGAAGUUAACAUCGCCAGCAGAGGCGGAUGAUAUUGUUAGUCGAAUCAAUGGAAAUUUUGGACGCUGGCAGUUGCGUACCACUUUAUUAAUAUUUCUGUGCAAAAUACCCUCGGCUUGGUUUAUGGCUUGCCUUAUAUACACUGCACCGACUCCACAAAAAGGACAAUACUACUGUAAGACUUCGGAGCAACUACAGAACAGCAACAGCCUACAAUUGGAUCACCAACAAAAUGUGACAAGCGAUCGAUGGUUGGCGAUGACAGUUCCAACAGCAACGGAGGAACAACGAACGGAUCGUAUUUUUCGUGUGGAUGCAUGUAAUAUUUAUGAAGAGCAAUUAGUGCAAAACUUUGCGGCGCGUUAUGCCAACUACACAAAUCCGUUCACGCGACCGAUAGAAUUUACUGAUAAGCGUAGUAACGCAGCUGAAGUGGACACUUUCGAUAAUAGCAGCGUCGAGACUCGCAAGGUCAAUGUAAUUCCCUGCGAGCACUUUCAGCACAAUUCCGACUACAUUUCGCUGGUAACACAAUUCGAUUUAGUUUGCUCCCGACAGGUGCUGGUAUCUUUAACGCAGUCGUUUCAUUCGUUCGGCGCGCUCAUCGGUGGCUUAAUAGCGUUUAACGUUCUAAAGCACAUCAGUCCACGGCGUUUGAUGUUGAUCGGUAUGGUCUUUCAGAUUGUGUGCGGCAAUUUAACUGGAUUGGUGACAACUUUCCCGCUCCACAUCUACUUUCGUUGUAUAACUUCACUCUUCUGCGCUCUCAUGUACACUUCCGGACAGAUUAUUCUUGCAGAUAUCUCGGGUGGUAGAUCCAAAAUAAUUGUAACAACGCUUUUUGAAUUAUUUUGGUCGAUUGGCCUCAUACUGUUGCCGGGUAUAUCAAUCUUUUUUGAUAGUUGGAGUCAAUUGUAUGUAGCGAUAUCAUCUUCUCUAAUUGUCCUAGUUUUUCUACACAAGUGGAUUGUGGACUCACCACGUUGGUUACUGAGACAUAACAAAAUAGAUGAAGCGCUGCAAAUACUCCUCGAAUCAGCUACAUUCAACAAUCGGGAAAUACCAUUAAAUUUGGAAUCGCAAUUACUUUCUUACGCAAAAAAGCUUCAAAGCACCCCACAAUCUACUGGUUACUGGUCAAUUUGGGAUGGUAAGACUAAGAAAAAGUUCUUAUUUGCUAUACACUGGACCUGGGUGGGAACUGGUAUACUAGUAAAUGUAAUGCUGAUUUUAAUAAGAUCCCUAGGUGUGGAGCAUAUACAUGCUAACACAGUUAGUUUAGGUUUUGCUGAAAUGGUGGGAGUAUUUUUAGGUUUAUUUUUUAUACUUUUUACGAGACGUCAUUGGUUGUGGACUGGCUAUGUCAUGUUGGCAGCAGGACUAAGUACUUAUUUGGUUUGGCUAGUACCAGGAACAAUUAAAGAAAGUCGACGUAUCGGUUUGGAAUUGAUUUUCUGGAUUGUACUUAAGUUGGCCAAUGCGACAGCUCAAUCUGUGCUUAUCACCUGCACUGGUGAAUUGGUGGCACCUGAAAAGCGACCAAUGCUAAGUCUGUCCGUAGUUACGUUCAGUCGUUGUUGUGUGACUAUAGCACCGUUCAUAUCUACACUUACUGUCUUCCAUCAGCUUAUACCGAUUACAGUUUUUGCUACAUUGGGUGUCAUUAAUGGUAUCCUUAUGUUUAUGGUAAACAGUUCGUUUUGGAGUGUGGAACAACCACGUAUUGAGAAGGUACCUACACCAAAUACGUAUCGGCGAAACUCUGCAAUUGUUAUGCGUAGAGUAUCCACUUGCUCAUCGGAACUGAGUUCCAGCAGCUCCGUAUAUGGUAAUAUAUAUAGCCCACAAUAUAAACAAACGAUCAGCAUAUCAGAUCUUUGGCGAUUAGAUAUACGGUGCCAACCAACUGACGAGUGUGAUAGUUUGAAUCAAUUAGAGCUGGCAAACUUACGAUCAAGUAGUUAACACUUAAACUGAGAAUACACGA